AGUGUUACACGGAAAAUCCAGGCUGAACUUCUACAAAAAGCUCUCUUCUUCAUUCUCUGACUUCGUAUUUUCUUCAUUCUUCAAGCUCUUCAGCGAAUAUAUGCUUAUACGGCGCGAGUCAAAAAGCCCGCAAUGGAUUUCUUAGAGCCGCUGUCCUCGCUAUCACCUCUUCUCUACGUGCCCCUAUUGGCGGGAUCCCUGUGCUUGGCGCUGAACUAUCUGGUCUACUCGCGACGCUUAGCGGAGUGGCGCAAGUCGAAGAUCCCUUUUCUGGAGCCGAGCUUCUUGAUCGGGCACAAGUACUUCUGGAGCGUGGGCAGCAACUCCGCCGUCGUCCCCAUCGACCGCAUCUACCGGGAGAAUAAGGACAAGGACCUCGUCGCUUUCUUCAUCGCCACCAUGCCUGUCGUCCUCGUCCGGAGCCCGGCACUCAUCAAACAGAUAUAUGCGAAACAAUUUGAUAAAGCGUUCGAAACUGGAUUGGCAGCAUCGCACAAUGACAAGAUUGCUCAGCACACGCUGACCCAGAGUACUGACAAAAAUGUGUGGAAAUCCGACCGAAACAAGCUCUCACCCAUGUUUGCUACAGCAAGGUUCAGUGGUGAGCGAUUCGCCAAGAUCAGGACCCAGAUCAUCCGCAUGUGGACCCACGUCGGGGAGGCCCACCUCCAAGGAAGGCCAAUCAACAUGAAGCAGGUGGCUCUAAAUUUCUCCUUCGAUAGCAUGUUCAACAGCUUUAUCGACCUGGACACUAACUCGUAUGAAAAGAAAGAGGAACUUUUCACACUUUCUGAAAAUCUCUCUGAGCCGGGGUGGUGCAGACUACUGAGCUUCUUUGCUCAGACGCGCCUCAAAGAAAUUCCAGCCUUAGAGCCGUUCAAGUUCAUUCCUCGGACAUUCAUUGAUUCGCUGAAGAGUGUACUUCAGCAGCAAAUGUACCGCAGACGUCUGGACGGAAACAAUGAAAAUGACCUCAUCGAUCUCCUCAUUGGGCUUAACGAUCAAGACCAAGACAAAAAAGUAAAUUCAGAGAUGGACGUCACGAAUGAAAUGAUGGGUCUUGCAUUAUCCAUACUUUCCGGAGGAAUACCAGGGAUGGGCUCAAUUGUCACCCUGGCGGGUUCUACCGUGCACAUGCUGUCUCUUCACCCUGAGCACCAAGAGCGAAUAAGACAAGAGGUGGAAGAGGUCAUGAAAAAGCACAACGCCACAGAAUUCACUUGCGAGGUUGUUCGGGAUCUUCAAUACCUGGACCAGUGUCUCCGCGAAACUGCACGUUUGUACCCGAAUACCUCAGUACUGAUGAGGGUAUGCACAGAGGAUUUUAUGAUAGCCGACCAUGUUUUCAAAAAAGGCGAGCGUUUUAUAGUCAGCCCUUACUCCGUCCACCGUGAUCCUGCAUACUUCGAGAACCCGAAUGUAUUUGACCCGGAUCGCUUCAGUCCGAGGAACAGGGACAACCGCGUGGUCGAUGCUUUCCUUGGCUUUGGCAAAGGACCUCGAAAAUGUCCAGGUAACAACGUUGGUUUUCUGAUGGUUUCGGCUCUGGUCGGCUCUCUAGUGCACAAGUACCAAGUGAGACCACAUUCACACAUGAAACAAAUGGACGCCUAUGACUUCCAUGCGAGGACCGUCUUCACCGUGCACAAAGAUGAUGUCCUUGUUGAUGUCGUACCUCGAGAGGUUCGCGCAUACUAAGGGGAAAACUUAGUGCCUAUCGCUUAUUUUUAAAGCAUUUUCUGAUGCUUCAAAUUGUGGGAUUAUAAUUUUUGAUAAGAAUUCUUAAUUUUCAAAACUGUUUCAUGUAUCUGCUGAGAAUUUUGCUAUAAAUUACCGGACUAAAUUUAGAAAUAAUUUUAUGAAAAAAUGUUUUUAUGGUUUACUUAGAAAAAGGUAUAGCACUCAAUGGUUCUAGGUACACAUAAUACAUCGAUUGUAUGUGGAAACAAAAUAUUAAUUUUUAAUAAAAUUUAUUUACAGGCAA